ACGUCAUUCGGCCAGACGACUCCCCCCUUUUUCCCCUCCCAGUCGGACCGACAUCCACCGUUUAGGAGCGACUGGGGAAAAAAAGCAGCUUUUUGGACCAGAGACGCAAAUCAUGGUGACCGGAUUCCGACUGAACUUGUCGCCGUUGAAGGAGCCUCUGGGCUUCAUCAAACUGGUGGAGUGGCUCACGGCCAUAUUUGCUUUCGGGAGUUGCGGCGGAUACUCGGGGAAGAACAUCAUAUCUCUCGUCUGUGGCGAUGGAACGAAUGAGACUCUCGAUGCCAACUUCCACUACCCGUUCAGGUUAAGCCAGGUCCCGCUCAUCGUGGGCAACGCCACGCUUUGUAACCGCUCCGUCACCACGACGUACCUGGUGGGAGACUCCGCCUCCUCGGUGGAGUUCUUUGUGGGCGUCGCCAUCGUCUGCUUUCUGUACAGCAUGGUCGCUCUGUUGGUGUAUUUAGGCUACAUGCACGUCUACAAGGACUCCGACUUUGGACCCAUUUUCGACGUUGUGAUCACGGCGAUUCUGGUUUUCCUGUGGCUGGUGUGUUCGUCGGCCUGGGCGAAGGGCCUGCAGAACGUGAAGGACGCCACGGACACCGCUGGCAUCGGCAGCACGUUGGCCCUCUGCAAGGGGGGCAACGUCACCUGCGAGGUGACGGAGUUUGCCAGCAUGAGGACCCUCAACAUCUCUGUGGUGUUCGGAUACCUCAACAUGCUAGUGUGGGCGAGCAACGGCUGGUUUGUUUAUAAGGAAACCCGUUGGCACUCCCUGAAGAUCUCCUCUCAGCCUGCCGCAGCUGGAAGGCAACAGGUCCCUGCAGCCAUGUAACACGCGGCGUAGAGCACACGCACACGCAUUACACAUACACGGACGGGGGAAAAAAGCUUUAAGCGGGACACUAAAUAAAGGAUGUUUUUGAGAGAUGGCCGGUUGGAAAACUGAUGGAUCAAACUUAAUGUGCGUUUCUCAGAUGUCAGGGUCAUUUCUUGCAUAUUCUUGGCUUACUUGAACAGAGAACAGUUCUGAAAGCAAGAAAAUUGUCUCCUGUGGGAGAAAGUGGGAGGCUGGGGGAGUGAAAGUGUUCUUGCUAAGGUUUCAUGUGUAGAUUAGCCAUUAGGCUUACUGGUUAUUUCAUACACCAUCACACCAAUGCAAUGGUGCAGUCUUUUUUCUUUUAACAGUACCUGCUUGAUGGUUUCUAAUGCUUCAGUAAGCUCAUACGUGCACAAACAAUGACCAAACUAUUUAGGAAGAUAUUUGUUACUUCUUUUUCGGUAACGGCUGGACAAGGACUUAAUCUAUUAUGGUUUAUUGUGCCGUGAGUAAAGGAAAAUAUUUCAUUUCUUGGACAUUUUCCGCAGACAGAAUAAUUUGGGUCUGUGGUGCGAUAUGAAGCAUAAUAUUCUAUCUCCUAUUACCAUAUCAUUGUAAUUUAUUGGCACACAGCAUAUUACAUUUGCAUCUGUGGUUAAUGAGUUCACUUCUUUCCUAUUUUGUUUAGGUAUAUAUCUUUUCUUAUUAUUAUUUAAAGCGCUUUGCUUAUCUGCAAAAUGUUUGGCUCUUAUAUUCAUUCAUUCUUUCCAGUCAGCCAUCUGCCCUCCGGUGGUUGCUGGCGGGAAUUGAAAUGUACGAACGAAGCUACAUUUAGGAAUUUACAAAUUAAAGUACGUUGUGAAGCCCGCUGAUGAGGUGAUUUCCUUUAGUAAAGUAAAUUAAGUCCACGCGGACAAGGAGGCGGGUGAGACGUUUUAAACCUUCUGCGUGAAGUGGGCCUCCAACCCAAAUACCAGGAGACGAGUUCACGCGUGAUGUCCUUAUCACAACAUGCACGGCACCAUGAGAGUGUUGCCGACUUAAUUAGUUGAGGGAAAUGUUGCAGCGAGAGGAAGCCAAAGUGCGUGAUCCUUAAAUGUAUCUCUAUCUGAAGACUUUUAUCUUAUUUAGUCCCAACUCCGGUACCAGAAGGUUAAAUCUGUAACUUGAUAUCUGCUCUCAUCACUUGUAUAAUGUAGAGGCGGCUUGUUUAAACAUUCCCUUUUUCUGCAUCGCUGUUAAACUGAAACGGCUCUGCCAACGUUUUUUGUGUUUUAUCUUAUUGCAUAUCUCCAUGUGAUUUCCAAACAGCUUUUCUACAAUUUUU